CCCGUUCAUCCCGGAAGGCCGAAACCCUAGCCUGUAUAAGUACCAAUUUCCGAAGCUCCGGUUGAAACUCCUCCUUCACAUACGAAACUCUCUCGAUUCAGUUUGCUCACAACUCACAACCCACCAUUCCCACGUCUCCAUCUCGAUUCAGUUGGCGGAUGGCCGCAUCGGCGAAGGCUCCGUUUUACGUAAGUUGGUACAGGGCUUUCUCGCCCGCCGAUAAUUGCAGGAAGGAAGUUCUCUACUAUCUGAAACGCAGUGACGGACUAUCAGAUCUUGCAGUUGUCGGAUCCGGAAAAGGAACCGGGCAUAUGUCGUAUAACUACGCAAUAAAGGACGUGUCUUUGAUAUCGGCGUCGUGUCCUCUGGCUGUUCCAAAGCUCCGGAAACGAAGAGAAGUCGUCGAUUGGCUUAAUUCUAUCGUUUCAGAUGAUAAUCUCACCCGAAUGGUCUGGGCUGCGGGAACUCAAAAACUUGCUUGAGAGCUUCAAGAUUCUUAUGCCCUCAAUCUAGGUCAAGUUCUAUGAUGACUUCCUAUGGGCACAAAGUUACAUUUAUUGAAGCAUUAUUUUCUUUCCAUUCUCUACAUUACUUGACUAAUCCCUUUUUAGGUUAAAUUCUGUUCUUGUUAUGUGCAUUCAGAGAAUAUUGUUCUAUGUUUUGUUGGUUAAACUGAUUUUCUGAUUAACCUAUAAUCUUUAAGGGUUUCCAAUUCUGAAUCUACUUGAAAUAAUGCCUACUUUCAGAUAUGCGUCAUCCUCAAGAUAGCAGAGCAGCAUGUGGAACCAGCAAAAAUAUAGCUGCAGGCUUGAAUGCCUUGAAUACACUGGAGGAUGUUGAGUUGCAGAGAUCUGGACUGCCUGUUAAAACAUUUACUUGGAUAGGGUCUCCACGGGCUGUUAAGAAGAGCCGUUCUCACUAUAUAUCAUUUUGCAGGAAUGGUGUUAGAAUUUCUGUUCAUGACUUUGUUUAUGUGUUAGCUGAAUUUGGCAAGCGGCUUGUUGCUUACCUGGAUGACAUGUAUGAAGACAGCAGAGGAAACAGAAUGGUUGUGGUACGCUGGUUUCACAAAAUUGAUGAAGUUGAUAUUCUUUUGCCUAAUAAUAACUAUAAUGACAGAGAGAUUUUAUUUUCUCUUUGUCUUCAAAACCUCAGCAUUGAGUGCGUAGAUGGACUGGCGACUGUCCUCAGUCCUCAGCAUUAUCAGAGUUUGGUUAACUUACCAAACCACACACAUCCUGGACCAUUUGUUUGCCAUAGGCUGUUGGAUAAUGAUGAGCUCAAAUCCUUUGACAUAACCAGCAUUAAAGGCUACUGGAGACAAGAGCUUUUAAAACAUAUGUCUUUCUCAUCACCCAAAAAAAUGCACUCAGAGGAAUUUAGCAGUGGCAUUGUUGGAAACAGGCCUUACAAAAGGCUACGCAUUUCAAAGGACUCUGUACUAAAGAAGUGGGUGGCUAAGUCUCCCCAAAAGCAAUGUGAUGGUAGUUCUCUAGCACCAAUGGAAAUAAACACUUCCAAUGAAGCUUGUUUAGAUGUCAUGUUACCCAGGAAAGAUACAGUCAGAGAGGAGCCACUCUUGAAAUUUGACAUUGGUUCCCAAGUUGAAAUAAUGUCUCAAGAUAGUGGCCUUAGAGGGUGUUGGUUCAGAGGCGUAGUGAUUAAGAAGCACAAGGACAAGGUGAAAGUGCAGUAUAAAGAUGUCAAAGAUGCUGAAGAUGAAGCUAAGAAUCUUGAGGAGUGGGUUUUGUCAACAAAGUUAGCCGCACCAGAUAAAUUUGGUCUCCGGAUUAAUGGGCGAACUAUACUUAGACCUUCUCCUUUACCCCGUAAGGGCAGAGUUUCAUGGGCAUUUAAUGUUGGUGCAUCUGUUGAUGCAUGGUGGAAUGAAGGGUGGUGGGAGGGCAUUGUUGUCCAGAAAGAAUGUGAAGACCGGUUGCAUAUAUAUUUCCCAGGGGAGAAACAAACACAGAUCUUUAGCCACGCUAACUUGAG